AUGCCUAUCAAGAGCGAGACACCUUCUCAAUCCGAUAUGAAGGAUAGCCUUGACGGGCUCGUUGUGCAGAUGACGGCCUUAACAGCCUGCAAUGACAACAACAAGAGCGGGGAGCUUGCUAGAACCACAUUUGGCAGUCCGAUGAAGGACAAGCACUUCCUCUUUGCAAGGGAUUAUACGAAUCUCAAUCAAGGCUCCUUUGGCGGUUAUCCUCGCCCCGUCCAGACCGCCCUGCGUCACUAUCAAGAAGCUGCAGAGGCGGAACCCGACAUGUUCAUCCGCUACACCUACCCUCAACUCCUGCGAAAAAGUCGAGCUUUGCUCGCGGACAUGCUGCAUUGUCCCGUGGAUGAGCUGGUUCUGUGUUCCAAUGCCACAACCGCCACGAACACGGUACUCCACAACCUCCGUUGGGAAGAAGGCGACAAGAUCGUCUAUACUUCUGGUGUCUAUGGGGCACUGGAGAAGCUCAUAGAUUAUGUCGUGGAGACAACCCCGGCUGAGAGCGUGAGGGUUGAGUUGGAUUUGCCUCAGAGCGACGACAAAAUCGUGCAGCUCUUUCGCAAAACAUUGAUAGAAGAAAAGCUCAAGUGUGAGCAAGCUGGGAAAGGACGAGUUCGGUUGGGCGUCUUCGACACAAUAGUCAGCAUGCCUGGCCUGCGGGUGCCAUUUGAGAGACUAGUGCAGUUGUGCCGACAAGAAGGCGUGCUGAGCCUGGUAGACGCUGCACAUGGAGUGGGCCACAUUGCUCUGAACCUCACUGAGCUGGACCCGGAUUUUUUGGUUACCAACUGCCAUAAAUGGAUGUUUGUUCCCAGGUCAGUUGCGGCCUUUUUCGUGCCAAAAAGGAAUCAGCACUUGAUUCGAACGACCCUUCCGACAUCUCAUGGGUUCCAACCACAGAGGAGCAACGAAAUACAUGAUCCGAUGCCUACCUCCGAAGAGACAAACCCGAUGGUGAAACAGUUCGAGUAUUUUGGGACCAUUGACGGAGCCCCGUACUGUUGCAUCGAGGAAGCAGUUCGUUUUCGCAACGAGGUCUGUGGCGGAGAAGCAGCCAUUCGAACAUAUUGCACGUCCCUCGCGAAGAAGGCCGAAGAGGUGCUUGUGGAAGCUCUGGGGACGGAGACGUUCGACAUUCCAGAAACACAUCGUGUUUUCUUUGCGCAUGUUCGACUGCCGAUCUCCGUUGGGAAUGGAGCUGGAUACGAUGUGCUCCCAAGCGACGUCCCGGUCGUCACCCAAUUCAUGAACAAGGAGUUUGCGGAAACAUAUAGAACCUUCUUUUUUGUGUUGUUCUAUCGAGGAGCAUGGUGGGUUCGCAUGAGCGCCACAGUAUACGUUGAUAUGGAGGAUUGCAAAUAUGCGGCCUUCGUCUUGAAAGACUUGAGCGAAAGGAUAUGUAGGAAGGAGUACUUGUCGACUAACGCAGCAAGGGAAGAGAGAUGA